AGGGGGAGAGAAAGUGCUGCUUUGUGAAUGACGGGAGCGGCGGAGGACACAAAACCAAAGUUUAGCGCUGAGAUUUCCGACGAUUCUACAUCCAGCGGAGGAAGUUUUUUCGGACGCGCCGAGCGGAAGAGCCCACCUGGCCGAGGAGCGAGCGAGCGAAACGCGAAGCUGCCCUGCUCCUGUUGAGGCGUCUCAGAAAGCUGUAAGUCAUGGUGGUCUGCUUGGCCUUCACUGCCUGGUGUCUCAGCCUGGUGGUGGUAGCUAGUGCUGACCCCUGCCUCAUCAUCAGCGAGAUCAACGCCGACAACCCCCGACUGGACACCACUGAGUUCGUGGAGCUGUAUCACACCAGUGGAAAGCGGGCUUCGCUGGAGGGCUACACCCUUGUGUUCUAUAAUGGAAAUGGAAAUGUAGCCUACAAGGUGCUGGACCUCAAGGGCUACAGCACAGACGACCGAGGUUUCUUCCUGGUGGGCUCGGUGGACAUGCUGCCCAAACCGGCCAUCCUCCUGCCUCCAAACACAGUCCAGAACGGCCCCGACGCCAUCGUCCUCUACCACACAUCUGCUGCUCGCUACAGUGAGAAGAUGAACGUCACGGCCGUCGGUUUAGUGGACGCCGUCGUGUACAUGACUCGCCGGACGGGAGGCGCAGAGUUCCUCGCUGAAACCCUGACACCCGGUGAGCCAGCGUUCGUCGAGGAUGAAACGACGCUUGAAGGUGACGAGUCAAUCGAGAGGUGCCUGCUGUCUGAAGACCGAUGGGGCUUUCAGGUGUCUUCGCCCUCCCCGGGUCAGCGGAACAACUGCACUCCACCCGCCGCCGCAGCAACCAGUCCUGUCAUUACCGAGCUGAAGCUGGGCGGAGGGCAGGUGGACGGAUUCGUGGAGCUGACGGAAGCUCCGGCUGCGAGUCCUCUGGUGCUGGUGGUGUGGGAUGGGAAAACAGACAGGGUGAGCGUCGGGGUGGACGUGGACGUGGACAGCUCCAGGAAUGGGCUGAUGUCUGUGACCAUAGAGAAGAGCUUCAUGAAAGGAGAUGAGUCAGGAGCAGUGGCCAUCUACAGCGGCAGAGCUACAGACUUCCCCGUUGGCAGCCCACUGAGUCAGAUACAGCCUCUAGACGCAUUUGUGUUUGCCGGACCUGGAAACAAGCCGAGUGCCAACCUCACCGAGACUCUCAUCCCUGGCAGGCAGCCGUACCAGCUGAGCAACAGCUUGAGGGAGGGCGGCUUUUAUCUGAGCCGCUGUGGUGUGGCUACGUGGCCCAGAGAUCCUGGCAUCUUCUGGGAGGCUCCACAGACUCCAGGCCUCCCCAACCAGUGCCCCUGGCCCAAGAUCUGUCCCCACAGUAUCGUAAUUCCAGGAGGUACAGAUUCGCCACCUCACCUCCCACCCUGGGGGAACACCGACUUCCUGAUCAAUGAGCUGAACACCGACACACCCGGAGCCGCUGAGGACGGCGAGUACAUCGAGCUUUGGCACCCAUCAGGCCGCAGAGUCUCCUUGCAGGGCAUCUGGAUACUGCUGUUCAGCGCGCACAACAACAAACCCUACAGGGAGAUCAGCCUGAGCGGACACUUCACCACCUCCAAAGGAUACUUUCUGCUGGGCAGCGACAGGUUGGUUCCAGCUCCGUCACUUCGCCUUCCUCCCAACACCAUCCAGAACGGACCGGAUGCCGUGGCGCUCUACCGCAGUCCCUUUGGCCCACCAUCGGCGGGGCAGAGGGGCAUCCCCACUAAAGGCCUGCUGGAUGCAGUGGUGUACCGACAGAGAGGAUCCGAUCAGGAGGCCCAGGAGCUGAGUAAAGCUCUGACACCGGGACAGCUGCCACUGCUGGAAGAUCCAGAGGUUCUGCCUGGUGACGAGGCGUUGAGCCGCUGUAGAGGCCUUUACCCCUAUGACCUGUCUGCCUUUUCAGUGGCUCCCCCCACCCCUCUGAGGGAAAACAGCUGCCCCCGUCCUCCUCCAGCCCCUGAGGGCGUGGUCAUCAGCGAGGUGGCCAGCAGUCACUGGACCAAUCACAGCCAGCAGAGAGCUUUCGUGGAGCUGCAUGGGCCGCCCAUGAUGAACCUGCGGGGCCUGGUGCUGUCUGUGUUCGACCAGGAGCGAACAGGGACCGUCAUCGCACUUCCUCUGACCGGGUAUAUUGACCGGGAUGGAUUUUACAUGAUUGGGAAUGUCACUGGAGCAGAUCAGACCUUCCCGGAGGGAUCCACGGUGCCAGUGCGGGGAGCAGUGGUCCUGUGCUACGACCUGUUCAGCGUCUGCAGAGCUGGAACCGCUCUGACCAAUUCUAGCCUCAGAGACGUGCUUGUGUUCAGUGAAAACCGGCAGCUGCUGUCCUCUCUGUCCACCAGCAGAGGGAGACAAGUGAUGCCAGCUCUCAGGUCGGUGGAAGAUGGUCCAGUCUCCCUCAGCCGGUGUUCCUGCUGCGAGGUGAGGAGCUCCUCCUCCUGGACGAGCUCCUCUCCCACACCUCACAGCACCAACCUCUGUCCCAGCUCCGCCUUCUCCAGCCAGAUUGACCUUUGCCUCGGACCUCUGUCCAGCGACUGGUACGGCCAGUCAGGAGACUGCAGCGGUCUGAUUCACGGGAAGAGAGUCGCCGAGGUGGCCGACUACUUAGAGCAGAGGUGUCACUGUGGCAUUUCUGCGUUGUACCUCCAAGGUGAGUUCCUCUGACACACAAUCGAUUCCACAUCACACCGUCACUAGCUCUGGAUGGAGAACUC